CAGGCAAAAUGUGUUAAUCAAUCUUUUACUUUUGUUUCCGGAUCUGACAUGGUGGCCCACACAAUCUACAACAUUAACAAAAAGGUCACUUAGAGAUAAAACACGUUUGACAAGUGAAGAACAAGGCAAGUGCUUUAGGGGUCGCGUCCAAUUCCUGACCUGGACUCCGACCAGAACAGGCGCUGAUCCUGGAAGGGGUGGGCGAGAGGAAGGACUUUCACUUUCUCGCCUUUAUAUCUGCUGAACCAAGUCCUUUUUCUUCCCUCGAAACACCGAUUUCCCCCAGCCCCUUAGCAGAUGGAUCAGAUAGCCUUUAAUGAUCUUCUCUCCUUACGAGGUAGACAUAAGGCACGUUUUCCUAGAUAUCCUCCCCACCCCCCCGUAAAGCGGUACCCUUUAAAUCCUGCAGCCAAGAAGUUCAUAUGCUCAAUGGAUGACAAAGUAAGGCUGCAGUAUGAGAGUGCGAAGAGUUUUUUUCCAGACCAGCUUCAUUCAGGUGUCCUACAUUAGUCAAGACUGUGAAGAAAUUCCAGAAUUUCUGGGAAGAAAAUACGGACAUAUGGCAAAAAGACUAGAUCUUAGCUUCAACUUGUUAAGGGAAAAGCCAUGUACCAGAACUGUUGCAGAAGGAAAAGAGGCAGGCAGCAGAUCUACUCUGGGGCUGGGGGAAGAGCAAACACCAAAGAGCAGGUCACUAGAAGGACUGAAAACAUUCAGUUACUUGGAAGAGCUGAUCUUGGACAACAAUCUACUCGGAAAUGACCUUCUGUUACCCAGGUUACCCCACCUCCAUACCUUAACGCUCAACAAGAACCAAAUAACAGAAUUAGAAAGCCUUUUGGAUCAUUUGGCUGAAGUUGUGCCCUCACUACAGUACCUCAGCUUGCUUGGAAAUGUGGCCUGCCCCAAUGAACUGGUCUGCAAAGAAAAGGAUGAAGAUGACUACCAGAGGUACAGAUACUUCGUUCUGCACAAAUUGACAAACCUGAAAUUUCUUGAUACUCGGAAAGUAACCAGGAGAGAGAGAGAGGAAGCCCUGGUGAGAGGUGCCUUCAUGAAAGUGGUUAAACCUAAAGAUGCUAAGGAGAUAAUAAUACUCUGAGCUUCAGAGUGCUUUAGGACUGUGGAUCUCAAAACUCCAUUCAAGUUUUUGGUCUACUUGCUUUCUGUUUUGUUCUCUGAAACAUACCAUCAAUAAUUUAUUGCAGAUUUCCAGUAAUCCUGAAUAAUAAUGCAGCAGUUAUGGAAAUGCACUGUUUGGUAGCAUAACAGUGUUGCUAGAUAAAUGCAUUAUCACAAGUACAGUUGUAGUGCAUAAUAAAUUAAUUCAGACUGAUUAAUUUAUAACUAUUAAUGUUAACACUUCUGAUAUGAGUAUAGCUUUGAAAUAUUGUUUACCAUUACUUUUAGUUAUUUCAGCUUUUAUAUGUGUAAUAGAUAAAACAAUUGAGGUGUAAGCUGUUUUGAAUAUCUUCACUGAAUCUGGCCAAAUGCAACAGUUGAAAGUGUUAAGUACGGCAUACGUAUGCUGAGUGAUUUUAUAAUUCUGUUUAUUCAGAUUUUAGAUCUGGUGAAGUAUUGCUUUAAUUUUAUUAGCAAUUAUAUUUUUCAUCUGAGUUUGCUGUUUGAAAUUGAACCAACUGAAUAGCGUAAAGGUGUAAGACCAUUCUGGAUGAAACCUCUUUUAAUGCCGGUAGCUAAGGGUAAAUUGCUUCACAAAAGUAGGGAUAGCAUUUUAAUCUUUUAUAUCUGUAAUGGAAUCCUUUUUAUGGUUUUGUAUUAUUUGCCCACUAUGAGUAAACCUACAUUUAUUUCAUCAAAUUUUCAGAGGUUUUUCUUCUUCUAAAUUUUUUCUACUUCUUUAUAAACGGUUUGAUACAAAUUGCUCAUGGUAAAAUCAUUCUAAAUGUUCUUCAUGGCAUGAAUUAAUGCUUCUUAAGGUGCUGCAAAAUUACCCUCAUCAUACAAUAUUAUAUACAUAUUACAGAAGUGGCUAAUUUAAAACAAACAUGAAAUUGGGUGCAGAAUCCAAUUUAAGAGGUUUUAUAAACAUCUUAAAAUUGUUUCAAAUUUGUGCAUGUUUCCUAGGAUAUUCAUGGCUAUAGUACAUAUGCAUGCAAACUUUUUGUGUGACAACGCUCUUAAAGUCUUCUGUGCGAAUAUAUUUUCAGAUACUGAUAUGUAUGUAUACAGUUAUUUAUAGCUAUACUCAAAGCAAGCAGCAUUCCUCUAUGUAUUACAAAUAUGAUGUGCACAAUAACUGUGGUUUCAAAUUCUAUCAUAUGUUCUAUAUUGAAUAUAUAAUGUGGUUCUUUUUUAUGCUCUGUCCUUCAGGUUUCCUUAGGGAAUGUGUCUUGUGCCCUCUGUAUGUUCACCAGUUCCCCUCCAAUGUAAUUGCUGAGAAUUUUGAUGAGCUUUGGCCCAAUUUACCCAACUGGUGGUAACAUAUUCUAAGCUUUCUGAAACUAGUUAGAGAAUGAUACAGCUUGAUCCAAAAUAAGAGGAAGGCUGCAGCACACAGUCAUCAGAAAAACUCCUUAGUAUGUUGACCUAGUGAUGCAAGACCCUGCUGAUAAUGAGCUUCCUGAGAACAUUUUUUUCCAUCCUCCUAAGGUAGUAGUUACUGUCUCAGACUAUUCUUUCCAGGAGUGAAGUUGGUAUGAUUAAUAUUCAUAUUAGUGAAUGGAAUUAUGAUACAUGGACAUAUUGUUCUGCCAGGUAUAAUGUCAACAGUGAACAAAUCAGACUAGCUUUUUCAGGGAAAAAAAAUCUAAAUCUAAGUCAUGUUUCCCCCCUCCCCAUUAUGGUAAGCAGGAGAUGGUAUGGCUUAUUCAGCAUAAAAAGCAGACUGAUGAUCUAAAGGGGCUGUGAUGUGGGGAGUUGUUUUCAUUUUAGUCUUGACAUGAAAUACUUGGGAGAGCAAAAUACCCCACCAAGAAAAAAUUCACAGAAUGAGAAUAAAAGCAAGAAAUUUCCAUCUGACUAGCUUGUGUUUACUGAAAUGCGAAAGUAUCUAGCAAUCACCAGUCAUCACUAAGUCAUAAAUAUUUUAUUUUGUAUAAAUUUUUAGACUUUCAUUUUUCUCUAUUUUUUCAUAUUUUUAACAGAACACUGCGCUUUCUUGUGCUUUGCUUCAUUUCAUCCUUUGUUUAAAAUGCAUCUGUUUGUGAUAUGACUGUCUUAUGGAAAGAUGCAGUCAUUUAUUAGAAAACAGUUUAAUAUUACAAUGCAGUGUUCCAUCUCUCUAUGUAAGUGAGCUAAACUUCAUUUUUUUCUGUGAUGUUUGUGUUUUCUUUGUCAAAAUAUUGAACACAGUAUCAUGCCUGAUUUUAAUAAAGAUUGGGUAAGCCUAGCUGGAUAGGAGGCAUUGAGCAAUACGUAGAAGCCCCAUUUAAUGACCAGAUCAUGACCUCAUUUCACUGGCAUAAGUGUAGAUCAAAGUGGAAGAUGCCUGUCCAGCAUGAAGUGUGUUUCUGGGCAUGACAGCACUUCACAUCAAAACGACAGCUCAAGAAUACGGCAGUCAAAAUUGCUUAAUUAUGUGCCAGCUUUGUAAUUAUUCAUCCCUGUUCCUACAAAGAGUACAGUUGUCAUUUCUUUGACAUAAUCAUUUUAAACUGUACCCUCCUUUAGUUCAUAGAUUGUAUAAGAAUCGUGCUUCUAAAUGUUUCAUUUCUAAAACUUAGAGAUGUGAAAAAGAAUAUAAUUUGAAAAUCCAUUUUAAGACUCCAUAUUUUUACAUUGUAUAUGAUAUGUAUAAACAAAAUGAAAUGGCGAAGUAUCAAAGCAUAUCAUAAUUGAAAAUUUUUAAGGUGUAUAUUCAUGAUAAUUUAAUCUAGAUGAUGAAAUGUGGAUGUAUCCAUUAUAU